AUGGUUCGCUUUUCUGACCCUCUUAUGAUCAUUGGCAUGCUGGCUACUGGCCUCGCUGUCGCUGCUCCUGAAUUCGAUGAGGCGGCUGAGCUUCGCAGGUCGAAUUGCGACAAUGAUUGCUUUUUUGAGUCAUUUCCCGGUGGUUCAUGUACCGAUAAUCCAGCCUGCCAUUGUACCGAAAAGAAAUAUCGCGAGGCGUACUAUUGCUGCAUAGCUAAGAACUGCGAGCCCCGCGUAUUGACUAGAUCUAUUGAGCGCCACCAUGAUGGGUGUAUAGCUAGGAAUCUUGACUUCACAUUUGAUGUUGAGGAGGCUUGCGGUAUCACGCUUGAGACUACUUCCUCGGCGGUGUCCGCAAAGGCUAUUGCUACCAGUGCUGCUUCAGAGACUUCUUCCACGGCGACAGAAACGACUGAAACGGAAACUACCAAGACAGCGGCUAAGAGUGCGGAAGAGACCGCAGAGGCAUCGGCCAUUGGAAGUUCUGUUCCUGUGACAGAUGGUGUGGCAGCACUGCAGCCUGCAAUGGACGGUCUUGCCUGGUUUAUGGCGAUUGCUCUUCUCUUUCUUUAG